CGUUAGAUUAACCAACAACCGCUUAAGUUCGAGUACGUCUCAAUUUUUGAUCCUAGCGUGUCUCGUUAGUUCGUCCGCCACCCGGUCUACUAACAGAGUGAUAUCCGGUCGCGAAUAAUUCAAACGACUUAUGUGUACCGCGCCAGAUAGUGUGUGCUGAUUAGCACUGGGCUGAUCCCACAGAAAGGUGAUUGUGCCACCAUUAUUGGAUGUGAUUGCAGGCGUGCAUUGCCCUGGAGGCAUGUCGCUGUUUAGGAUGUGGAUGAUGGAAAAGGCAUUGAUUGGGCGCCAGUGACAGUGCUACUCGAUUGAGAGGGGGAGGAGGAAAAUUGUAUAGUGCUUCGGUGCAAAUAUUGACUCAAAUUGAACGGAGAGUGAGUGUAAACACGCAAAAUGGCAUGCUGUUCAAUGCGGAUGUUGUGAUUAAUAAUGGUUCAAGAACUGUUUUGCUGCCUUUAUCAUCAAAUCGCUAAAAAGUGAAUUGAAUAAUUACCUAUAGCUCCUGCUUCAUAAAACGGUGAUUAUCCCAUGAACUGAAACAAAAGUGUGCAAACUAUCAGUGAAGUUUGAUCUAGUUGCAUGCCUGGCAAAGCCCCAGGAAAGUGUAGCUAAUUAUAGAACCCGAAAGAAUUUAUAGUAACGCAGUGUAUAAUUAAAUGAUUAUGAGAAAAAUGCCGGACCAUGAUGCAGCAUCGCAAACGUCGACAACAACAACAAUUCAUCAAAAUAAACAACACAAUCAGUUAGCUGGCAGCUGCCAGAAAGAUAGUUGUUGCUGGAGCAGAAACAGUAGCUGGUCAAGCACCUUGCUGAGACUACGACCAGACUAUAGCGAGAGAUCGCGGAAGCUUCGGUGGCAAAUCUGGCGAACGCGUGCAACACGCUGUUAUGGAGGAAAUUUUCUCAUUCUAAUGACGGCUACCGUUGCGACUGCGUUGGCUGUGUUGGCUUCAGAACGAAAACUUCAAAUGCCUGGCCGGGUUAUAUUCAAGAUAUUGAACAGCGAAUCAAUUUUAUUCGGUACAUUCGCGUUGCAAAUCAAAUGCACCCAUCAUGAUGAAUUUCUGUAUGCAAGUCCGUCAAGCAAAUGUUCAUCUUAUUAUCGUUGCUAUCAGGGUGAACAGAUUCGAUACAGAUGCAACGACAAAUCAUUGUUCGACUUCUAUCAGCAAAAAUGCGUUCGUAACGAAGGCACCUGCUAUGAACCCAUUUGCACUGGGAAAACUGACGGAUCGUACGCCGAUACCACACAGGCUUGUCGUAGAUCGUACGAGUGCAGAGGGGGGAAGCUGAUAGCAACUGAAAACUGUCCGCUAGGCCAUUUGUUCGAUGGUAGUAAAUGUGCACCUCAACAUGAGGUCACAUGUGAUAGCCCAAAAAUUUCAGCCAUUGCAUAUCCUUUCAGUGGCGACGACCGAUGCUUCGGGAGACAAAAUGGAAAUCACAUCAUUAACGAUGAUCAGUGCAAAAAAUUCAUGAUUUGCCACGAGAAUAUUGUGAUCGAUGUACUCGAGUGCCCACUAGGUUAUGUGUACAAUGAGAAAACCCGACGAUGUACUUAUACCGGUGGAAUAGCGUCGUCAAGCUGCAUGAGUAAUUACAUGGAUGAAGGAGAUGAUACGUGCUCCAGACUUUCUGAUGGUUCUCAUUUAGAUCCGACGUCUAAAGAUUGUACAAAAUAUAUUGAAUGCAUGGACGGAAGAUUAGCUUCAAAGCAUGAAUGCCCGAAGGCAACUGUUUUUAACGGCGCCAAUUGUGUUCCAGAUGUACUGUUUCAUUGUCCAAGACUUGAGCUUCCAGGAGAUAUCUGCGACAAAAAACAUGAUGGCUUCCACAUUGACCCUAGGAAAGGCUGCUCUUACUACAUUCUAUGCGAGAAUCAAAGAACUGUUGAACACCAUUCAUGCCCAACCGGCUUCUAUUAUAACCCUUCAGAGAAUUUAUGUAUAGAGCACCUUAAUAGUGAAUUUUGUCGCGAAUCAGGCUACUCAAGCGACUGUAUUCAACGGUCUGCAGGAUAUUUUCAAGACACAUCGGAAGAAUCGAAAUGUUCCCAAUACUACUACUGCUUCAAUGGAAAUAAAACAACACUCCGAUGCAGCUUGGGCCAAAUUUUCGAUGGAGAAAAUUGUGUCAGCUCCUCUCUGUAUGCAUGUCCAAGUACAAACUUCAACUCAUGCGCAAACAAACCGAACGGUUAUUACCGAGAUCCAACCGGAGGCUGUCGUGCAUAUUUUUACUGUUUAGAAGGCGCAAAAACUUCCUACCUCUGCAAUCCGGGCCAAAUUUUCAGCAACGGCCACUGUGUCGGGCGCCUCGAAGGUACAACCUGCCAGGACGACGUGGUCUGUGCUGGAAAAUCGAAUGGCUACUAUCAGGACCAUCAAUCAAACUGUCGAAACUACUUCUACUGUCAGAAUGACGAGAAACUGCAGACGCUUACCUGUCGAGGAAGCAAAAUCUUCAACGGCCAUAGCUGCGUCUCACCAGAUACAUACAUUUGCCCACGAGGUAACAGUGCGGUUGAUUCACAGUUGAAUUGCCUACCUCGUCCUUGUGAAGCAGACUGUUCCAGAAAUGGCUUCCAGAACGACUAUGAUAGUAAUUGCGAGAAUUACUUUUUCUGCAUUGACGGCAAAAAGACAAUUCUUUCCUGUUCCAAUAACUACGUUUUCAAUGGAGAAAUUUGCGUUCCUAGGGAUACAUACAAGUGCCCAAAGUAUUGUGAAGAGGCAGCUUCAUGCAAAUGAAAGAAUCUUUAUACUUUUAGAAGGGAGGGAAAAUGCCUUGACGCUUCGGUCUAGUUUUAAUAUUUAUUCUAUUGCAUAGGUAAAUAGAUUAUACAAUGAGCUAUAUAAAACAGACCAAUACUAUCUUCCACCGGUGCCAAAAAUGCAAUUUAUCUGACUAUUCAAAACUGUAGUUUUUUCUAUUUUUUUAAUCGGAAGUACUGAAAUAUUAAAAAAUGUUGUUAUUCAAAAAAAACUUGUUUAUUGCUACAAAGCAAACGUUGAAUUAAAUCAAUGCUUGAUAUCCAUUUCUUGUUCUGAAUAUCAGAUAAUUCAUUACAAAUCCGUAAUGACGAUUUUACUGUCAGUAAUAUUUUAAAUGUUUAUUUUCGAAUAAAGUAGGUAACAAUUAUUAUCUACACGCCUUUGAGCGUAGACAAAUGUAGAAAUGAGAAUCAUAAUAAAAAAUGUUGCAGUUAAGCAAUGUUAGCCUAUACUACAAGUUUAUAAGCGUAUAACUGGUUCUGUCAGUUUCAAAGCAAUUUGGCACGCUAUGAAUAGCAACACAAAAACAUUUCUCUAACACUUUCAUCAUCUAUUAGAAUACAACUAGACGAAUUUAUAAUACUCAUUAGUUAUGUCGGAUUAAUAUUUUAAUAUAAGGUGCGGAUUACUACAGUGUAUUUAGAUUAAUAAUUAGUAUGAAGACAAUUCAUUGCUGUUAAGUACGUUUGUAUUCAAACAAUCUUGAAAUGAGGUUGAAAACUUAGAGUAAA